AUUUGUGACUUUGACAUGUUGUUUACAUACUUUGUUGCUGGGUGGCCUGGAUCCGUUCAUGACAAUCGUGUUUUAAAGAAUGCAAUGGAUAAUCCAAAGAAGGCGUUCCCUCAUCCACCAGAAGGUAAAUAUUAUGUUGUUGAUGCGGGUUAUCCUAAUAUGAAAGGAUUUUUGGCUCCGUUUAAAGGCCAACGAUAUCAUAUUCCUGAUUAUCGCCGUUCAACUCAACCUCCAACCGGUUAUUACGAAGUCUAUAAUUAUAAACACUCUUCAUUAAGGAAUGUGAUUGAACGAACAUUUGGAGUUUGGAAAAGUAGAUGGAGGAUACUAUCCAUGAUGCCAAAUUUUCCACUAGAAACACUAGAAACACUCUUCAUUAAUGGCGCCUCCUUCUCGUCAGGCUCGUUUCAAGCGCGAGUUUCUCAAUAAUUAUGUGCUCCAAUUCAAUAAGCUUUCUCGAAGUCAACUAGGCGCGAGAAUGCUGAGGUUAAUUCUUGAAUUUGUUCUUAUUAUACUAUACUGCAUAUUAAAUUAAUUAACGAUGAACACAGAGAAAUGCGCUUAUUUUUUUCACUUCUUAAAUUUGUUUUAUAUUUAUAUUUAGCAGUAUUUAGAAGAAAAAAAAAACUUAUGUGAUUUCUCUCUGAUAUGUGUUUUAGAUGACUGAGGGAUUUCAAGAAUUUGGUAUGGAUGGGAAAAGUGACUUUAUGCACAAAGUUUGGGAGCGAUGGAAAAGUAUCCAACAAGGAAUGUUUUGUUAGAUUCUGAUUAUCAUUU